CCAAUGGGGGGGAUCGCGCUCUUGCUCGGCCGCAGUUCUCGUCGCCGCGCCUUCGUAUGAGCUGUGUGUCGCUGCCGGUCUCCCCCCGCGCCCCGCGACGAGCUGUCUCACCCGCAUUCUAGUUGUGGGUGUCGCGCCGUGCAGUCCUCGCGUGUGCCGCUCAACUUAGUGCGCCGUUUGUGAGUGCUUUAUAUCCCGCACGAGUGUCAGUGUGACGGAGGAUCCCGUGCCACCCCGCGGAGGAUGUUAACAGCGCACGGAAGCAGCUGUUGACGUCCGCAGUAGCAGCCAGCCCGAAGGCAACUCUUUUUCUCGCCCCCGCUCCCCGCACCCCCUUCCAAGAUUGCUGCCACCAUGGGUCGGAAGAAAAUACAAAUAUCCCGGAUUACGGACGAACGGAAUCGACAGGUGACGUUCAACAAGCGUAAAUUCGGUGUGAUGAAGAAAGCCUACGAGCUCAGCGUGCUAUGCGACUGCGAAAUCGCCCUCAUCAUAUUCAGUUCUAACAACAAACUCUACCAAUAUGCGAGCACCGAUAUGGAUAAGGUUCUUUUGAAAUACACGGAAUACAACGAGCCGCACGAGUCCCUGACCAACCGCAACAUCAUCGAGGCACUCACAAAGAAAGAGCAUAAGAACGGAGUGAUGUCACCGGACAGUCCCGAGGCUGAACCCGAGUACAACCUGACACCAAGGACCGAGGCAAAGUAUUCCAAGAUUGAUGAGGAAUUCCAAAUGAUGAUGCAGAGGAACCAGUUGAACGGGAGCCGUGUGGGAGUGGGCGUGACGGGAAGCAACUACAAUCUGCCCGUCAGCGUCCCCGUCGGAAACUAUGAUCAAACACUGCUUCAAGCUAGUCCACAAAUGCAUACCUCUAUCAGUCCACGGCCAUCUUCAUCGGAAACCGAUUCAGUAUACCCAAGUGGUGGAAUGCUCGAAAUGUCAAACGGCUACCCUGGCUCCGGAUCCCCGCUGGACGCGGGCUGCACGCCGUCUCCGUCGCCGGGGCCGGCACCUUCGCCGCACCGGCACGCGCAUAAGGCUCACCACGCCCCACCACCGCAUCACUCACCGCGACAUAAUAAUCUGCGCGUCGUCAUACCCAGCUCUAUGCCGCCGCCGCAAGACGAUAUAUCUUACACUGGAGAGACACCGCUUGGCUAUUCUGGACUCGGCAACUUUGGACCACAGGACUUCAGCAUCAACUCGGACAUGGGCAUCGGACUGACGUGGGGCGCGCACCAGCUGCAGACGCUACAGCACAACAGGUACAUUAGCAGCUUGCCAGUACUGGGCGGCGGCGGGACGCCUCCCCCAGCGGCGUCGCCAAGCAACGUGAAGAUCAAAGCUGAGCCGGUGUCGCCGCCGCGCGCCCCGGACCACAUGCACCGCGCCCCGCCUGCGCCCGCGCCGCAGCCCGCGCAUCUCUCCGGAGUCAUUGAUGCUGACUAUGGUUUAAGCCGCUACACGUUCUCUUGUAAGACUCAACUAGAGGAUAUUAACACUCAUGACGGAUAUGCGGAGAGUUCUUACAGAGUGUAUCGGCACGUUGCAGGUUCAGUAUCUUCAAGUAACAUGGGCUCGCCGGCCGGACAGGACAUGCGGCACGGGAGCGCGGUGCCGCUGGACUACGAGCAGCCGCACACGAAGCGGCCGCGGAUCGAGGGCUGGGCCACAUAGCUAGGCCACGAGGCCUUCGGCUCGUACCCGAGGCCCCUGCACCCGCACUGCUAGGCCCGCACCGCCCCCAGGCCUCUUUCUCUCGAGCUUCGGCGACCGUCCUCCGUCUCUACCCCCGGUGCUGCAUACAGUUAUCCCGCGGCUCAGUGCUAACCUUAUCACUCCAAAAGUCUGAUAAGCAAAAGGUGCAUCCAAAUUACGGUGCUUAAAUAUUUUGAUGGCACGGUCGACUAUCAACGUUCUUCACCACGUGGAUUGAGCCCGCACUAAGGGCGAACUAGUACAUUACAAAUUCGUAGACCUAUAAUGAGGUCCUAUAUUAUUGAAUGUUCAACUUUACACUACCCUCUAUCAAUACGUAAUUAAUUAUUGUAAUGCACACGAGUACACUAAAGAUUAAGAUUAAAUGUUAAAAUUAAGUACAAUAGAUGCAACCCUUCUGAUCAAUUUUGAACUUUAAGUACAUGUAGAUAGAAUCUAAUUCCCCUGUAAAUAGACGACAUUAUAUGUGCAAUCCGUGCCAUUGUCUGUUUAGCUUAAAGUUAGUCAAAUUAAAGAUUAGUGAGUGUAAAAUGUAAUUCUGCACUGUAAAGUUGAAGUUGAGUGCGUCGUCGGGAACCGGCGGUCGGAGUUGUGUAGUGCUAAGGACACGGACACACUGGAGUGACUAAGUGCGUGCAAGACUUGUAAACAAACGACUGUUAACAUUUUGUGUUAGUGUUUUAAAAAGUUUUUUGUGCCAUUUUAAAAAUUAUAAUAAUAGUGUGACAUCCGAACUUGAAUCUGUAAAUUAGUAGUCGUAGUGUCAUCACAGAAGAUAAUAAAUUAUAUGUAUUGUAAAAUCUACUUUAUCUAUUGACAUAUUUAUACAUGAGAAUCAUAAUGAUAUUUACAUAAUAUGUAUACACGUCCCGUUAGGAACGAAUGUUAUGUAAGUAAGUAGGUAAUGUUAGCUAGAAAUGAGUAUAUAAAGGUACCACACGAAGCUUUAAAAUUUCUUAUGAUAACACUUGCACUCUAAGCAGAAUUGUAAGUAAAACACCCUUUAUAUUGUACAUUUUAGAUCUCUUGACAUUUCGACACGUGAGUACAUAGUUUGACAGUAAGUAAUACAAUGUCAGAGACACAUAUUUCUAGAGGAUGCUUUGAGCUAUAUUCAUAUAGCGAGCACUUGGGUACACGAAAUCAGAAAACUACAGGAUGUUACUUUAUCUGACUAAUCUGUUUGUAUCAUUACCUUAUAAUAUAAAUCCCACUCAUAAUAUAUAUUUGUAUGUAUGGUCUUAUCUCGUUACAGACCAAAAUAUUAUCGAGUCAAUUUUGAAUAUCAUAUGUAAUUAAUUGUUAAGUAUGUGUAGGUUUAUUUAGUGGCUAUAAUGGGUUACAAAAAUGUAUGGAACAACUUUGUUGAGUACAUUUGCUUUUUAUUUUGUUAAUGUGAUCUGAAGUAUAUUUUUAUUUCUACUUAAAUAAAGUUAUAACUAGUAGAUAUUGUAACAAAUGAACAAUAUACCUACGAGUCAGCUUUAAGCACAUACAAAAUUAUAUUUUACAUUGAAUAUUUACACUAAAGUAUGCACUAUAUCACGAUCCGCCCUAUUUUUAGAUGAUAUUGUCUGGAAUAAACUGUACAUUGUGUCGUCCAUAGUUCAUAAAGUCCUUCAUCUCCCGCUUCCUGACAUGCUUGGCCCUCCCUUAGAACUCCUUCAGCACUUACUAUGAGCUUUCAGACUGAAGCCAUGGUGGGAGCGGGACGCCGCUAUCUGUGAAGUGCGCUGUCUCACUUCCACCAGUAACAAACCAGUUUGUAUAGCUCGUAGUACAGGCACAGAUCACGUCUCAGUAUACUGCCCUCCUAUAGUUCCAAACAGCCACUGUCUCCCCUCCCCUCCUCAUAUCUUCUCACUGUAGAUGCCUUACUCACAGUGCCUAUAUGUACCAUUUUGUACCAAAAUUUGUAUGUUAUAGCAUUAUUGCUUUAAUAUUCACACCCUGGUAAUCUUAAGUCAUAUGAUGAUAUUACUUGUUCUGGCCGUAGUGAGCAGAAUGUUUGUUUCUAACGCUGCUGUACAGUCAGGGUCGGAAGUGGAUAGAAUAUCGAACGCUAAGAUUUAUAGUUGUAAAUUGGAUGUCCCGAUUAAAUAUAUAAAUGUUUCCUGCUUUCUAGUUAGACGUCCGACCCGCACGGCUGUUCCUACUCUAUUUACUUUUGCACUCGACUGUACACGAUGGACUCACUACCGUCAGAACGAUACCUAUGAUAUAUUUCUGUACCACAUUUGUCAGUCAAACUGUAUGAAUGUGAUUAUUACUAUAAAAUAUAAUAUUAAGAGUAACGAACAACUUUGCAUCAUAGAAUAUCAUUAGUACCUUCAAAUCACAAUAACAAAAUGCUAAAUGUACAUUUGUUAAAUUUGUACAGGGAAUUAUCCAUUUUUGAUGUUCAAAAGUCUGAACGCAUAAGAAUGUUAAAAAAAAAUGUAUUUUCGCAUUGUAAAAUAAGUACACGGUUAGUUUUAACGAAUUAAUAUUUUAUUACCGAAACAUAAUGAAUGUUGACCCGUUUAUAGGGAACUAUUAUAAAGAUCAUGUAAGUACACCUUGGAUGUUAGAUUAAAUUGUUAAUGUGAUAUAAUUACCUACACUGUUACGACCCUGGACCCGUUCCUUGUUACUGCUGCCGUCACGGCCGUCACCCACUUUUGUAUCAGAAUGUUAGUAUAAUACUCGUGACGCCGCUUUGCUUGUUCGCGUACGAUGUUGCCUACUUCUCCACCGGGUCCCGUAGUUUGAGAUUCUACAAUUGCGUUACUGUUUCGGUCGUUCGUUCCUAAAGUUCCUUUCACUGGAACCGUCGAUGUGUUUUGUAUUAAAAUUUGCUCAAUAUGUUCGGCGUUGAAGCGAAAUCCUUGUUUCUUGUUAGAGUUCAUUAUUUUCUAAUUGUCCGUCGUAGUUGGUAUGAUAAUAAUUAAGUGUUGCAUUGUACAGUAUCGUUCACGUUGCUGUUACCUAUAUACCUAUCACGAUACAGGCGCACUGGUAAGAGGCCAUAGCCAAUAAACGCAAUUUUGCACAAAAAUACAUUGUUAUCGGAUGAAAAUGUUAACAUUAAGUGAAGUUUUCUUUGUAUUUGCGUAGAGCGAUGAAAACGAAUGUCAUAUGUUUUAUCGCUUGCACAUACUAUUGUAUCGAGUACAUUGUAUAUUACAACAGUAAGCUGGUAUUGGGAGCAUGAUUUCCGAGGUUGUGAGCUUUGCUAUCGGGAAUGAGUUUCAAGUUUAAUUAAUUAAUAAAUAUAUUAUUAUUAUUAUUCAUUUGGACGCACAACCGUGUUGUGUGUUAGUGUAAAAAGAGUUUGUUUGAUCUUUAUAUGUACCUACUUUCGUAAUAUAUGUGUUUACCUAUUUUAUUUCGCUGUGAGACAAUAGCAAAGGGCUUGUUCAGUUAACUUAUAAUCUAGUUCAUUGCAUUUAAACAGAUACGUAGUAAUAAGUAUGAGAUAACAGAAACUAUUGCUGAACUUCACAGUAGAUGUCGGUGUAUUAACGUUCCCCGUCUUGUUUGCUAUUGCACCACAGUAUAUCGUGAACAAUUCAAAUAUAAUAUAGGAAUAUAAAUACAUAUCCUUAUUGAAUACUCAAAUCGAUUUCACAUUAAUUUCUCUUGUAACAACAGUUGUGCAAUACAUAUAUAACAAAAUGCUUAGGUAGGUAUUAGGUAUAUUUUCGUUUGAAUUUUACAAAGAAUGCAAAAUCUGUUGUAUUUUAUCGAUAUUUUUACUGAUAAUUUGAGAGAGCACCGACGGUAUUCCGGAGGUGAAUCUCGGGAAUAUUAAGUCAUAAUUGUGUAAUUAUUUUUUAAGAUAAGGCCGGGCCAAAUAUUGCAUUAGUGUAGGUCGAACGGCGGUAUAUCUGAGUCGCGGCAGCCAUUUCUGCCCUGUGUAUUAUAAUUGUAUGAUGAAUGGAACAUCUCAGUGGCUGAAUGAAAUAUUGAUGUUUAUCGACAGUGUUAGAAAAUUGUUAUAAAUUAUUUUGAUGACUGUUCGAAGGAUAAUAAAGAGUUGGAUGUCAA